CGGUCGGACGGCUUCCUCGCCGUGCGAGACGGCUCCGGAAGGCCGUCUCUGCGUCGUGCCCGCUCCUUGCUCAGCCCGCACGACCCCUGCAGCAGCUCACUCAUCGAUAAGUUUAAAGCGACACGUGAUAUGCCCGCUGGCCAGGUGACCAUGCCGGCAUCAGCGCCCGCGGAUAAGGGCACCAAAGGCGACGGGGACGACGGCGGCCAGACCAAGAAACAGGACAACAGCAAGGAGGGCGCCGUCAUGGCUGCGCCCAAGGACCAGAACCAGACCGGCGUGCAGCAUGGUCUGGAGGAGAUCGAGAAGUUCAUCGGCAACACCCCCAUCAUGAAGCACCUAAUGCGGCGCGGCCCGAGCCAGCACCACCAGCCCAUGCCGCCGGCUGCAGCCGCGGCACCGCCCAAGGGCGACAAGUCGGCGGCCAAGAAGAAGGGCGGAUGGCUCAAGAACAUCAAGUCAGUCGCCACCACCAUCGGCUUCAUCCAAGACAAUGGUAAGCCGGUCCCCGCCGGCAUGGCCACAGGCGCAGCCCCCAGUACGGGCCCCGCCAGUGCAGCCGUUCCACCUUCCUCCUCCUCGACGUCCACGGAGAAGCUCAAGGUUCAAAACUAUGGCAAGUCGAGCAAGGAGCUCACUGGAUUGUACAUGUCCCAGGAGAUCCAGGCGCACGAGGGAUCCAUAUGGAGCAUCAAGUUCAGCGCGGACGGGCGGCGGCUGGCGAGCGCCGGCGAGGACUGCCUGGUGCGCGUGUGGGAGGUGGUGGAGACCAGCGCGCCGCCGAGCUCCGUGCCGCAGGACGGGUCCCUGCCCCCUCUGCCCGGCGGGGCGGACGGAUCGUCGCAGGCGCCGGGGCUGUCCAAGAAGUCGACGACCAAGGGCGGCAAGACCGCGCUCCCGGAGCACCUCGUGGUCCCCGACAAGGUGUUCGCGCUGGCCGAGCAGGCGCUGUGCGUCCUGGAGGGGCACGAGGACGACGUGCUGGACCUCACCUGGUCCAAGUCCGAUCAGUUGCUGUCGUCGUCCAUGGACAAGACGGUGCGGCUGUGGGACACGGCGAGCAAGGCCUGCCUCAAGAAGUUCUCGCACAGCGACUACGUGACGAGCAUCCAGUUCAACCCGGUGGAUGACCGGUACUUCAUCAGCGGCUCGCUGGACGCCAAGGUGCGCCUGUGGAGCAUCCCCAACCGGCAGGUCGUCGACUGGACCGACGUCAACGAGAUGGUCACCGCCGCUUCCUAUUCCCCCGACGGCCAGAGCGCUAUCAUCGGCUCGCACCAAGGAAGCUGCCGGUUCUACAAGACAGCAGACUGCAAGAUCAGCCCGGAGGCACAGAUCGACGUCCAGUCCAAGAAGCGCAAGUCGCAGGCCAAGAAGAUCACCGGAUUCCAGUAUGCCCCGGGGAACCCGUCGGAAGUGCUGGUCACCUCCGCCGACUCGCAGAUCCGCGUCUUCGACGGCGUCACCAUGGUCCAGAAGUUCAGAGGAUUCAAGAACACGAGCAGCCAGAUCGCGGCGGCCUACACCUCGGACGGGCGGUACGUGGUGUGCGCGAGCGAGGACUCGCACGUCUACAUCUGGAGGACCACCCGGAGCGCGCCCGCCGCGGCGGCCAUCGGCAUCGGCAUGAAGCCCAAGACGUGGUGCACCAUCCGCUCCUACGAGAACUUCUACUGCAAGGACGUCUCCGCCGCCAUCCCGUGGACCCACUCGCCGUCCCUGCCCGGCAGCCCCAAGUCGCACCCGGGCGCCGUGUCGUGCAACGACGACGUGUGCAGCAUGGCGAGCCACGCCGCCAAGCCGGACGUGAGCAAGAGCGGCGAGCUGAGCAGCCCCGCCGCGCCGUCGCCGCACUCGGGCCCGCUAGACACGCCGUCGUCGCGGCCCGCCAGCAAGACCGGAACCAACGCCCCGGACAGCGGCAACGCGUGGGGCUUGGUGGUGGUCACGGCGACCUUGAGCGGCGAGAUAAAGGUGUACCAGAACUUCGGGACGCCCUUCAGGAUCAAAGGCCAGGGAAAUCUGUUUUACUGAUCCGCUCAGCCUAAUCCUUGCAAAUUUAAUUAGCAAAUGCUAUGCGGACGUAACAUGACUUGGUGACUCGUUUUCACGAUCUUGUGUGCGACUCGUUUCAGCUAGAUUAUUAGUGUAAGUGUAACGAGUUUUGGGCAUAGGAAGUAGGAUGUGUUCCACGCUUCUUUUAUCUUUAUCUUUACCUCUUUACGUAUUAAUAAAGCAGCUAUCGCUUCUGGUCGUCCGUCAUUACAAUUACCCUCUA